AUGGCAUCAUCAGAAGUUUGGCUUGGCUCUGACUUGAAGAGCACAGGACCCUACGCAGGAGCGGUUCUUCGCUUCCAAAUCUCUUUUUCCGACACGUAUCCUGACCUGCCUCCUCUCGUUACCUUUUCGACCGAUGUCUUCCAUCCUCUGAUCGUGCCUUUGACCACCUACACCUUUAGUGCCAAUAGUGUUGAUGCAUCAGGCACUGUCAGUGCUUCAGAUGAGGAUCGUCUUCCCCCAGGAACGUUCAGUCUGCGCUAUGGAUUUCCCCACUGGUUCACAGCUACCCCUCUGCCAUGCAGCAAGGAUGACACUUUUGGUGCAAACAAGCAAGGAGGUGCGCGUCAUUUGACUCCUGGCGACUUGGACUCUGACAUCGUAGACGCAAAUGAGGAUCCUCAAGUUGAUCGAGAACCACCGCGAGAUCGCAGAGUCACCAUUUUGAAAGUAUUGCAGCAUAUUCAAGAUGCAUUCGAAGAUGAAGGUUUGCUGGAUAAACUCCCUCUCGAAACAGUUGGAGAUCCCAGCGCGUGGCACGCGUGGCGUGCCCAUCGUGGGCUCGCGAGGCGGCAGAAUGAGCCUCAAACGCCGGUGUCCGAAGUCAAAGAUGCAGCUCCUUCAUCGCCAAAAAAUCCCGGAGAGUGGAAAUGGGAUGGUGUCUGGGAGUCACGGGUGAGGAACGGUAUCGAAGCUAGUAUAAGUGAAGCCACUCUUUUCGGCAGUAGUGCUGGUGGCCGAGCCGGGUCUGUCGUGAUGGACACCGCAAGCAUGGACCCGCACCAACGAUUGCUGGCUGCGGCUGAUCGACAAAUCCGCUUUACGAAGUUGAGCGAUGAGCAAUUCGAUAAGUUGAAGGACGAAAUAUCAGUCUCUGGCCCUACCCUGCCUGUCUGA